ACUGGGCAGAGGCUCUACAAUAGUUGUGCUCUGGCCUCUCUUUGCAACAUCAGCUGCCGCAAUUUGGGACUCCAAAAAAAAAAAAAAAAGCCAGAAGCGGAUACAGAUCGAGACUAAGUAUCCCCGGCUUCCAUUUCCCCGUCUUGGAAAGUAUUUUUUGCAACCAUUGUGGGGAUCCCAGCUACGUCGGGGACCCCUCUGCAAAGGCGUUUGUAGUUUUCCAUUGGGAGGGAGGGGGGCCCAGCUGCCUCCUCCCCCCUCCUUGGAUGACCUGAGCCAAGACCUGGAUUUUUGCAAUCUUUAGUAUAUAUAUUUUAAAAUAAUAUUUAGGUGGAUUUUUUUAACCAAAAAAAUUACAAAUAAUAAUAAUAUUAACAACCUGGGAGGAAAAUUCUUAUUUUUCCCCCAUUUUCCUUCUAAAAAAUAUAAAUCCAAGCAUGGAGCAAAGGGAAGAGCCCACCAAGGCCUUGGAGACGAAGCAACAGCCGGAGGAUGAGCAUGGAGCUGCUAAAAAGAACCCUCCUGAAGCGACGCAGAUCCCCUCGAGUGGACAGAAGAGCCACUUGCGUGCCACGACGCCCCUCGUGAGGGAGGCAGAUCCACACCGGAGUGACCGCUCGCCCACAGCGCCUCCUCCGGCAGCCACGGUUCAGUCUGUUGCCACGGCUCCUACGGGCGCAGUGUUGCCCACCCAAAAUGGCCACCCUGGGGUCAAGACCACUCCCGAAUUGAAGCCCCCCCUUCCGACUCACCAGGAGAGCCUCCCGCCCGUCACAGCCCUUCCAUCCGUGGAGACCCUGCCGCCUAAAAGUGACCGCCCGCCGCCGAUUGGAGCCCCAACGCCGCCUCCUGCGGAAAGCCCCCGCCCGUCCCCAAAGACUCACGACCAGCCUUCCCCGACACAGGGCUCUGCCAGCCCUCGGAGCAAGCAAGCAGAUACACAGAAGGCUCAAGCCAGGCAUAAACAGGCCCGGGAGCGGCGCGAGGAGCGAGCCAAGCAUCUGGCGACCAAGCGGGCCUUGUGGCUGGAGAAGGAGGAGAAGGCCAGGGUCUUGCGGGAGAAACAGCUGGAAGAGCGGAGGCGGCGGCUCGAGGAGCAGCGGGUUCGGGCCGAGAAACGCCGGGCUGCCCUGGAAGAGCGCCAGCGCCAGAAGCUGGAGAAGAACAAGGAACGAUACGAAGCCGCCAUCCAGCGCUCCACGAAGAAAACCUGGGCCGAAAUCCGGCAGCAGCGGUGGUCGUGGGCCGGCGCGCUGCACCACGGCUCUCCUGUUCACAAGGACGGUGCCAGCAGGUGCUCCCUCUCUGCUGUAAACCUCCCCAAACAUGUGGACUCUAUAAUCAACAAGCGCCUCUCCAAAUCUUCUGCCACCCUCUGGAACUCACCCAGUAGAAACCGCAGCCUGCAGCUCAGCCCCUGGGAGAGCAGCAUCGUGGACCGGCUCAUGACCCCCACGCUCUCCUUUUUGGCACGAAGCCGGAGUGCCGUGACGCUCGCCGGGAAUGGCAAAGACCAAGCCGUGCCCGUGUGCCCCCGCUCGGCCUCCGCCAGCCCCCUCAGCCCUUGCAACAACCACCGGAUGCACCACCGCUGCUCGGAGCGACGGCGGCCGGCCACCAGCAGUCCUGACGUGACGCCCCGGCGCAAGGCUGCGGCUUCCCCUAAAAAGAAAGAGAAGAAGGACAAAGACCGGGAAAAUGCCCAGGAGAAAAGCGCCCUCGCCCUACGCAAACGCCAGUCUAUGCCUUCGGGACAGACUCGAAAGCUGCGCACGCCGGAGAACAGUCCUGGUCCCAAGCCCAGGCCAUCGUCUCCGGCCGUUGCCAAGCAGCGCCCUUCCUCGCCGAGCACGGGUCCCAGUUCGCCGCACCGGCAGGUUCUGAUCCGCAGCGCCCAGUCCUCGCCCAAGGCACGACCCCGCAAGGAUCACGACAACCAGCCCAAAGUCCGCAAGGAUGAGCAGAAGGAGCGGAGGACGGCCUCCCCGGCCCCAGGCGAGACCCCCAAGAUUAUGGGGAGCAAUGAAACCGUAGCAGACACCGCCAGACCCUCCAGUGCAGCCAGCCCAGUGCCGGCGUCUCAGCCCACGACUCCUGGGAAACCCAUGGCGGGCACCACGGACCGAGAGGAAGCCGCGCGGCUCCUGGCCGAGAAACGGCGCCAAGCGCGGGAGCAGCGGGAGCGGGAGGAGCAGGAGCGCCGGGAGCAGGAGGAGCAAAUGCGGCACUUGGCCGAAGAGCGGGCCCAACAAGAAGCCAAAGAACGCCUCCAGCAACAAGCCGAACUGGCCAGGCUGGAAGAAGAGCGGCGGCAGCAGGAGGAGGAGAAAGCGCGAGAAGAGGAGCGCGAGGCCCAGGAGCGGGCCCAGGCCGAGCAGGAAGAGCAGGAGCGGCUGCAGAAGCAGAGGGAGGAGGCAGAGGCCCGCGCACGCGAGGAAGCAGAACGCCAGCGAGUGGAACGCGAGAAGCAUUUCCAGCGCGAAGAGCAAGAACGGCUGGAGCGGAAGAAGCGGCUGGAGGAGAUUAUGAAGAGGACACGGAAAGCAGACGGAGCCGAUGCCAAGAAGAAAGAAGACAAGAAACUUGUGAAUGGGAAGGAAGGGAAACAAGAAGCCGAAAUGGGUAUCGGAGGGGAAAAACGCCCCGGAAGCCUCCCGAAGGAAGAAGAACUGCCUGAGAUGCAGGCGUCAAGUCCGGCAGGUCACAAAGGCACGGCUCCGGAGGGGACGCAACACAGCUCCCCCGCCACCUCCGCUCUGUCCCUGGUGAAUGGGCUGCAGUCGGCCAAGCACGAGAACGGCUUCUCUUCCCCCAAGGAGACGGGCGGGCGGGAGCGCCCCACCAGCCCCGGGCUGAGCAUGGCCGGCGAGCCCAUCUUGCCCUUUGCCAACAAGGAGCCUUUCCUCACCAAGGCUGUGGCAAAGGCACCACAGAUUACAGAGGUUCUCUAAGCCUUGACGCCACCUUCCUCCUCCUCUUCCUCUUCCUCCCUGUAAAAGAGAUGCCACGACGUGCCAACUCCAGGCUAGCUGUAACCAGAAGAUGAUGAUGAUGAUGAUGAUGAUGAUGACGAAGACGACUCCUCCACUCCCUGCGCUGCGUGGAACGAGGACUCGCAGGAAGCCAGGCGGGGAGCGGCCCAGCCCCACGGACACUCUCGUUCUUUUACCGUUCUCGUUAUUAUUAUUAUUUUUUUUAAUAUGCACCUUAUCAGACUGACCUCUCCCCACCCCCCUCGCCCCACCAUAGCUCAUCCCACGAGGCUAUAUAAUCGCAUAGCUAUUUAACUGGCUGGGUACAAAAGGAUGUGAAUAGUGUAUAUAAACCUCAGUGUUAGCGGGCGGACACGGCGGCGGUGUGGCUCGCCUCCCCUCCCCAAAAUAAGCCUUUGGGGGUCCGUGUUUUUGGAGGGGGGCUCGGCAAGGGGAGGCGGGGCCCUUGGGGAGCAUCUAGAUCUCUAAUUUAAUUUCCCACGGUUGGUCCCAAGCCGGGAUGCCUGCAGAAUCUGUAUGUAAGCGUGUGUGUGUGAGAGAGAGUAUUUGUGUUUGUGUGCAGAGGCACACACCUGGUUAGCCACUCAACGACUACACUGUGCUUUUUGGGGGUUUCGGCUGUUUUCUGUACGUACGUGUGUGAUGGCUGGGACCGCCUUGAGCUCGGUGUCAUUGUAACAGUAUUAUGCAUCUGAACAACCUUUUGUGGACAAUAAAGUGGAGAAACGACA